CAUAGCCAAAUUCAAAACAACAGUGCAUUAACCAAAUUAUCAAGUCCCUCGUCUCUUCCAAAAUGGGAAGUUAUUUUAGAUUUUCAAAAGCUUUUGUUGUGCUAGGGGUAGCCUUCACAGUGCUGUCACAGGCACAAUCACAACCUUGGUCGUUACUCCAAGCACCAAAAGACCUAAUCCUGAAGCUUAUUCGUGAUCCUGUGACCCUUUCACUGGCCUCAACCGACUUUGGCCACAUAGUUCAUGACAACCCUUUUGCGAUUUUUUCGCCAUCGUCCAUCAGUGACAUCUCUCUGUUGAUAAAUUUCUCGAAUUCUCUUGCCAUCCCUUUCACCAUAGCUCCCAGAGGGCAAGCACAUUCGGUGAAUGGACAAGCCAUGGCAAAUGAUGGGGUUGUGGUAAACAUGACCGAGUUGAAUGGGUUCAGAAACGGUGCUGGGAUUGUAGUAGUGUCUGAUGGCAGAACAAAUGCUCCAUAUGCUGAUGUGGGUGGAGAACAAAUUUGGAUUGAUGUGUUGCAUGCAACACUUGAGCAUGGACUCACACCACUCUCUUGGACUGAUUAUUUGUUCUUAUCGGUUGGUGGAACUCUCUCCAAUGCUGGGAUUAGUGGCCAAUCCUUCAGGUUUGGUCCUCAGAUUUCCAAUGUUCAUGAAUUGGAUGUUGUUACAGGGAAAGGAGACCUAGUGACAUGUUCUUCGGAGAAAAAUUCAGAGUUGUUUUACGCCGUUCUAGGAGGAUUAGGUCAAUUUGGAAUUAUAACUAGGGCAAGAAUAGCUCUUGGACCCGCACCAACUAGGGUGAAGUGGCUCCGUUUGCUUUACAACGAUUUCUCUGCAUUUUCUGCAGACCAAGAACACUUGAUCUCGUUGAAUGGAAGAAACGACACCAUUGCUGCUGAUUAUGUAGAAGGUUUCCUUCUGCUAAAUCAGCCACCACUGGAUCUUUCUUCUUUUCCAGCACCCGAUCAACCUCGUAUAACUUCCCUGCUGACACAAUACGGCAUUAUCUAUAUCAUAGAGCUUGUGAAAUAUUACGACAACAGUACACAACAACAUGUUGACGAGGAUGUAAAAGUUUUGGUGGAGGGGUUGAAGUUUGUUCCCACGUUUAUGUUCGAAAAAGAUGCAUCAUACGAAGAGUUCCUGAACAGAGUUCAUACCGACGAGCUUUUCCUAACAUCACAAGGACUUUGGGAUGUUCCUCAUCCUUGGCUAAACCUCUUUGUUCCAGGAUCUCGAAUCUCAGAUUUCGAUGAAGGUGUGUUCAAGGGCAUUAUUCUGAAGCAAAAUAUCACAGCAGGAGUUGCGAUAAUCUACCCGAUGAAUCGAUCCAAGUGGAAUGAUAAGAUGUCAGCAGUUACACCUAAUGAAGAUGUUUUCUAUACUGUGUCACUUCUUCAUUCAACUGGGUUUGAUAAAGUGGAGGAAUUUCAAGCUCAAAACCAACGAAUAUUAAAGUUCUGUGAGGAUGCUGGUAUUAAGAUCAAGCAGUAUCUUCCCCAAAACAAAACAAGGAAUGAAUGGAUCAAACAGUUUGGCUCCAAAUGGAAAACAUUCCAAGUAAGAAAAAAUCAAUUUGAUCCCAACAGAAUAUUGUCACCUGGACAGAGGAUUUUCAAUUAAAUAUGAAAUAAUCAACGAUGCAAUUUACCAUACUAUAGUCUACCACUGUUGUACAGGUGUUACGGAAUCAAUUUAUACUAAUGCAGCAUUAAUAUAUAUUAAUAAGAAUAAAUGUUGUAUG